GAAGAAACGCCUAGUAAUUCGUUGGACACGGACGCAAACGGAGUCACCGACGGGAGCCGUUUCUCGCUUCCUCCGAUUGCAAUUAGUAAAGUGCAGCGUUAAAUCGCGUCCCACCAAAAAAAGAAAAAAGCUCAAUCGUUAACGGAUCGAAUCUGAUACGUUGUCGAUCGGUCAGUCUCCGACCAUUGAUCAUCAUCACCAAAAGUUCAGAUCGCCUUGAAGCAGCUCAGUAAGCGUCUCCGAGCUCCUGAAUCGCACGAAUUUUAUCCGCAAUAUCCAUUUACAUUUGGAUCCCCCCCCCCCCCCCCCUCCAAAUUUGUUGCUUUUCCGAUCCUUGUGAUUGUUGGUGGAUCUGAUCGAAUUGCUUUUCUCUCUCUCUGUUUGAGAUUUAUACGAUUAGAACAUAGAAAUGGAGGGAACAGCGUUCACUCCCGCAUUGGAAGGAAUACAGCAUGUGAAGCUUGAGGAAGGGGACAUGCUAACCACUCCUUUCUUGGAAGUCUGCAAGCACAUACUGCCUGUAAUAGAUAAGUUUGGAGCUUCUAUGAUCCUUGUUAAAUCUGAUAUUGGAGGAAACAUAUCGAGAUUGGAAUCUAAACAUUCGUCAAAUCCAUCCGACUUCAACCACUUGUAUAACAUGGUGAGAGCAGAGGUUGAAGCUAAAACAGCAAAAGCAUCAUCCAGUUGCACCAAUGGACUUCUUUGGUUGACAAGAGCAAUGGAUUUCUUGGUGGCUUUGUUUCACAACUUACUUGAGCACAAGGAUUGGACAAUGUCACAGGCCUGUACAGAUGCCUAUGGAAAGACCCUGAAGAAAUGGCAUGGCUGGCUUGCUAGUUCAAGUUUCACUGUUGCAAUGAAACUUGCUCCAGAUAGAAAGAAGUUCAUGGAGGUGCUAGGGGGCAGUGGUGAUAUUUAUGCUGACAUAGAGAAAUUUUGCACAAGUUUUUCCCCUCUUCUUGAAGAGAAUCACAAGUUUCUGGCUAGUGUUGGCUUGGACGAUCUGAAGGCUUCAUGAGGAAAAUGUCUCUGGAUGAGUGGCUCUUGCUUCAGGCUACCCUGUCUUGUUUACCAUCCUUUUCGUUUAGUUUUGAGUGUUGGAUAAUUUGUCUUGGGUUCUAAAGUUUGACUUCAUAAA